UGAUAAUAAUUGCUCCAUUUGAAACUGAUGGAUGGAAGUGUUUAAAAUGCAUGAUGUGAUACAGUAUAUUCAUUCUCAAGUUAAAUCCAUUAUGUUGACGAGUGGUUACCAAACUUGGUCCUGGGGACCACUGUGUAUGCUGGUUUUCAUUUCAACAACAACUGCAAUCCCAGAAUUUCUACAAGCUAUCAAUUUUUCUUAAUUAUGUGAUUUUCAUGUUUAGAUGAAUUUAUUUACACUCUUAUGCCAUUUUGUCAGAAAUUUCGCACGCCAUAAAGAACGAAAGUCCCAUGUUCACCUUGUGCUUUUUGUGCUAUAUUGCAAGCAAUAAGUUAAAAUCUUUAAAUGGAUUAAAAUAAAUGCUGAGGUAAAUCAAUAGACUCCUAAUUUGUGAAAGUGAGGACACAUGACCACUAAAACUAACCAUUUGAAUUCAAAGACAAAGCAAAUGACGAGCUCAACCUAUAUUGUGCUAAUGUUUAAGGAAAAAAUUCUUAAAGAAAAAUGAUGAAAGAACUCGAAACACGUGUUCAACAACCUAAUUAGGCGCCUAUUGAUUUCUUAACAGGCCCUGAUGCAUUCAGUUGCACGACCACACACACGCUACAGAAAUGUAGGCUACAAGUGGAUUUUCUUCCUUUAUAGGCCAGCUUAAAAAAAAUGAAACUCGGGUGUGAAGUGUGUAAUGUUUGCCAGUUCAACGAUUUGAUUCCAUUUGACGUUGAUAUUCCUCCAAAGAAAAUCACGACCGCAAGCCUUGGGUUUGGUGCGCACAUAGCAGGACACUACCCGUCUCCAGCGCGCAGGCGCCACCGCACCACCUUCAGUCAAGAACAGCUGGAACACCUGGAGGUGGCUUUUGGUCAGAACCAUUACCCGGACAUCUACUGUCGCGAAGAGCUGGCGCGGGUAACUAAGCUAAAUGAAGCCCGUAUACAGGUGUGGUUCCAGAACCGGCGUGCCAAGCAGCGGAAGCAGGAGCGGGCGUCUCAGAAGGCCAUGCCCGUGGGGGUGCUGCCAGGCUGCGGGGGCCUGAUGGGCGGGAUGUGCAUGCCAGCGAGCGGGGCCGGAAGGCCGUACCAGUACCCCCACUCGCUCUCGCACAUCCCCCGCCUCUCCUCCAUGCUGUCUCCCGCCGCCUACGCUCACCCUGCUCCUGGAGGUCAGUUCUCCUGCCCCGCAGCCUCCGCCCCGCAACCCCGCCCGCACGAAGACUGGUACAACCAGCUGCGGACCAUGGGGGCACCCGCCCCCACCCUGGCCACUCCCAUUCUCUCCCUGGCCUCCAUGUCUGGACUGGAACCGGCCAAUCACUGGAGCUAGGCCUGUCCGCAUUUAUCCCUGAGUAAACAGGGAGUGAGGGUGUGUGUGGGGUGUGGAAGUACCCAAUGAAAUGUUUUUAUAGCCACAGUGUGUGUAGUUCUUUGUAGUCGUCCUGAUUUUUAUUUGUAUUCUUUUUUAGUCUUCGCUAUUGUACAGCUGAGCAGAGGCUGCCAGUGUGACACGCCUGAAUCUACAAUGAUUCUAAAGCUAGCUGUAGCAUCCAAAAACAGCCUAACCAAUUUCAGAUAACUUUCGCCCAGUAUUCUUACUGUCAGAUGUAGGUACAGAAUAUAUGUACAUAGGCACAAUAAAAACAGAGAAGCUGCUGUAAUAUUGUUAGAGUAAUACCAGACACGUGUGCGGCCUACCAACCACACUGUACAUUCUUUUCAAUUUUCCUGUAUGUAAAUUGAACAUAGGGGAGUGCACUCUAUAUUCAAAAUGCCAUGACAAGCCUCAAAAAGGGGAAAUGAGGACAAGCUUUAUAUUUGCCUCAACAUGCUAGUGCAGGAAGAGCAGAGUGAAAAAUUGUCAAAAAAUAAAUAUGCACUAAUUAGAAGUA